CGCCGAAAAAUUCCAGUUCGCUGUUAAAUUUUUAAAUAUUCACAUAUGUUUUUUAAUAUUUAUAACCGUUUUCUGGAAGCUAAAAAGCGAAAAUGUCUCAAAUUUGAUUUAACAUUUGAUAAUUAACACCAAUCAAGUGGGAGCAAAACCAGAGAUCAGCUGUUCCUUAACAUAAACGAUCGUUGACCGCAAUUAGAUUCUGUCUUCUCUCUUUCUUCUCUUCACUGUUUUCGAAGUUCAAUGCCCGCCUACAAUUUUUUUCGUUUUCCAACACCUUACCUUUCUUUUUGUCUUUUUUGUCGGUUUGUUUAGAUUCUUAUACGACCUGUAAAAAGAUUUCGAAUUGAUUUUCUGUAUGUUUCUGGAUGUUGUACCUAAAACGAAAGAGUUAUAAUUAAAUACUUGUUAUAUAUUUGCUAAAAGUUGUGUAAAUAAGCCAAUACGAAGUAAUGCAACUUAUUAACAAACUGACCCAAAACUGGACUGGCUAAAUUAUAUUAACAUCUAAAACAUAUAAACACAUACCCAUUUCGGUUGAUAACGCAGCAGUCGAUAAGAUAUGCACUUUCAGCUCGAGGCAGUUACUCAUCAGACGUCUAGUUGCGAACACUUAUGUCUAUUUUAGCAACAGAAUGUGCAUCGCAUUUAAAUGUUCUGUUUACAUAGCUGUAUACUGUGUAUACCUCCUGGAAUUGAGUGCUGAAGAGGGGCAGCUGCUGCGACUUAAGAACUGUACAAUACAGGGAGAAUGCCCGGAUCACUCCAUAUGCACAAAGGUUGUCGACAAUUUCGGCUGCAUCUGCUGGCAGGGUUAUCAUCUGAAUCCCGACUGGUCUGCUAGCGACCUGGACAAUACCGACUGGGAUUAUUGUGUCCGUCAGCCGGCAAAUAAGACUGUUAUCGUGCACAAUCGCCUGCCAGCAAAAAGCGAACACCUGGCCGUCGCCAUUCUGCUGGUUUUAUUUGGUGUGAUUGUUGUGACCCUGGUACUUUACUGCUUCGUUGCACUCCGUCCAAUUAGCCGCACUCGUGCUGCUUACCGCCGUAUGCAAUUGAGACGCUCCAAUCAUCGCCGGCUUCAGGAGUUUGAUGAUAUUGACAUGACUUUUCGCGACACACAUAACGCGGAUUGUCUUGAUUAAAUAAAGUUAACGAUAAUGUAUCGAGUGAAAGACUGCAAUUACCAAAUAGUUUUUCAUAUACCUGUGCAAAUCAACUU